CUCGGCGCGACCCAACUCUAAUCCUUGCUUGAGAGACCUGACUUCCUGAAUCCCCUAACCCUAGGGACACAGGGUAGUGAUUACAGCAUCCCACUCAGAAUUACAGAUGCUUAAGGCCCAGUCUCAAAGGUGGCCGAAAAUCCCGUAUCCCGGACUUGAGACGGAAGGCCGGCUCAAUAUGCCCAUUAUCUUUCCCAAGAGCUGCGCUUGCAAGUUUAAGAGGUUUACUGUAAUGGCUAGUCCAACGACCCCCGCGUCGGGUUUAGUUUUGACAUUGAACCUAAUUUGAUCCGGCUUUCUAGUUUGUUCUUGGGUGGGCGAAGGGGCCAGUUCUCCUCGUAAAUCACUAUUCUGUUUCCUGCCGUGAACCCACGAAGGGGAUUACUUCUUAUAACAAAGUUCACACCUGUU